AUGAACUACAAAGAUCAAUCCGUAUUGAACUAUCCAGUUACCAAACACAACUACAGUAUCUCUCGUAUAUUUCGUUCAAUAUUUCCUUUUAUCGCGCACAACUACGAUCCAAUGACAACGACAACAGUUCGAUUUUAUGAUUCAACAUUUUAUACAAUUGCAUUAACAUCCGUCGCAUAUUUGAUAUUUCAAACCUAUUCAAUACGUCCAUAUGCCAAUCGUCUAAUCUUGUUCCUUUCUUUCCUAUGUACUUGUCUUAGUUGUGAAACGUUUUUCCAUAUUUUUCAACCGAAUUCAUUAAUUCAGUUCGCCAAUCUAAAUAUUACAAAUUAUUUUUCGCCAACUGUCAUUCAUUUAACUUUAUUACUAUCAAUAUCAUCAUUUCUCUGGAAUGCAACGCAGUGUGCUGCAUUAGCAACAAUCCUACUUCCAUCAAACUCAAACGAUAAUCAACAACCACCCAAUUUCGUCCUACGUCGAUGGCUUCGUCAUGUUUGUGUCGAUCAUUUGUUUGCGCUUCUACUUGUCCGCUUAGGACGCUUAACUGAUGUUGCAACCGUGACAGCAUUGAGUAAUAUGGCAAGUAUUUGUGUCAUUGCUAGUUGGUGUUCACAAAUAGCCGUUUUUCCAUGUAUGCUGUGUUUUCUUCAUUCAUUAUUUAUUGAUCAAGGAACCAUAACUGAUAAGAAUGUGACACCGACAACCUUGACCAAUGCUGAUGAGUUCACAUCGGUCUUGCAUCGCUUGAAAAUCAUCAAAAUUAUGGGUUUAGCAUUAUUCGGUUUGAAAAUUUCAGCGUUAACAUUAUGUGAAGCUUUAGCUUUUGGAUUGACGACAACUAUUUGUUUAUCUUGUCUUAUUGUUGCACCACCCGGACGAGAAAUGUCAAAAUAUACCAGAAUAUUCGAUAUAUUUAUUGGUAAAAUGCCCGGUGAAGAGAAAAAUGAAGCGAUUGCGCUUGAUUGCAAUAAGCAGCAGCAACAACAACAAACUAUUACAAGAAGAUCAAUAGGAUCAAGAGUUGAUGAUACUCAUACUCAUCCGGUAAUCGACCAUCGACAAUUAUCCAAUGGACAUCUUACUCAUUCAACAUCAUCGCCAGAUGUGGUUAAACUAGUCCCUACGACGGAUGAAGCCAAACCUGUACCAAAAAUAGUGAUCGACUAUUCAAUAUUGACCGACGAAGAAGUUCUGGAGUUAGUCAAAUCAAAGAAACUCUUAGCACAUAAUCUCGAAAAGCAUUUACCAUACUUACGAGCAGUUCAUAUUCGACGACUUCUUCUGAAAGAACAAAUGAUUUCCAUUAAAAACACAUUACCAUCAUUGACUACCUUACCGUAUGAACAUUAUGAUUAUUCGCUGGUCAUCAACCAAUGCUGUGAGAACGUUAUCGGAUAUGUUCAAAUACCGGUAGGAUAUGCUGGUCCUAUACGUGUCGAUGGCAAAAACUACUAUAUACCUCUAGCAACUACAGAAGGAGCACUUGUUGCUAGUACCAAUCGUGGUUGUAAAGCACUAUCAAUGUCGAAUCAUGGGGUGGACACCGUUGUUUUCAAUGAUGGUAUGACGCGCGGUCCUGUUCUGAAGUUCAGCACGAUACGACAAGCACACGAAGCAUAUGAAUGGCUAGAAACAAAUUUCGAUGAAAUUAAACAAUGUUUUGACCGUACAAGUUCAUAUGCACGUUUAACUAACAUCAAACGAAAUCUUGCCGCACAUUACUUAUUCAUUCGAUUCGUGGCUACGACUGGUGAUGCGAUGGGUAUGAAUAUGUUAUCAAAGGGUGUGGACGCAGUACUAACGUUAAUCAAGACAGCAUGGGCAGAAACAGUAGAUAUUAUUAGCAUUAGUGGCAAUUAUUGUAUAGAUAAGAAACCAUCAGCGUUGAACUGGAUUGACGGACGGGGCAAAUCGGUUGUAGCAGAAGCUGUGAUAUCACAUGAAAUACUCGAAAAAGUUCUCAAAACUAGUGCCAGUCGAUUAGUUGAAUUAAAUCAAUCGAAGAACUUACUCGGAUCAAUCAUGGCCGGUUCAAUUGGUGGAUUCAAUGCACAUGCUGCUAAUCUUGUAGCUGCCAUGUUUAUUGCUUGUGGUCAAGAUCCCGCACAAGUUGUGUCUAGUAGUAGUUGUUUGACAUGGCUCGAAACCACCGGCCCUGAAAAACAGGAUCUAUACAUAUCAUGUACAAUGUAUUCCCUCGAAGUAGGAACCAUUGGUGGGGGAACGAAGUUAGCUGCACAAAAAGCUUGUCUGGAAAUGCUCGGUAUUGAUGGUUCGAAUGUACAAAUGCCUGGUGAGAACUCUUGUCAAUUGGCUCGUCUCAUUUGUUCAACAGUGCUAGCUGGUGAACUUUCCUUGAUGAGCGCAUUAGCAACGAAUGAUCUGGUUCAUUCACAUUUACGACUCAAUCGAAGUGCAACUGCUCUCAAUCAAAUCAAAUCAUAA